UUGCUUCUAGUACUACACGCGGACUUUAUUCGGGUUUCACAUGAGGAUUUAAUAAGCUAUUUGCUUCAAGGUUAGUCAGCUACGAGCUGUACAAUAAUAGUGACUUGGUAUAGAACCGGUUAAAUCUGGCAAGUUCCGAAAAAUGUGUCAAAAUAGUGCAAGAUUUAUACAGAACAGAAAACUUUAGUAUUAAAUUGAAAAACCACCAAACUACUCUCUGAAAGAUCUAUGUAUAUUCGUACCGUCCCUGCAGCAAGCCAUGGAUGUGUUCGUAGUUUCCUUGUGACAUCGAGACACCCAACCCUGUUUCGUGAGCUUCAUCCGUAGCACGUGAUAUCGGCAUCACUAUGGCUGAAAAAAUGAAAACCGAUUACCGCUAAAUCCCUGUACUAUCGAUCUUAUCCGAUUGCUUGAGUAAUCCAUAAUACCAAUCAUGGGCAAAUUUAAGAUACAGGCUCUACUCAUUCCUGAGAUCUACUUGACCUCCUCCGAGGAAUCUGGUAGAUCUACCUUCGGAUCAACUAAACGAUUCUUACACUUGGCCAAUCCUAAGGACGAACUACAUACUGUAAUGGAAGCAAUAAGUGCCCGUUUUAAGAAAUUGUAUCCCACAGAAGAUGAAUUGCAAAUAGUGAAACUUCAGGAUAGUCGCUUUUGUGACUUGGAUCCCGACUAUGUGUUAGAAGAUGUGUUAGAAAGUGAAGACGUGUUGCGAGUAAUUGUGAAUAACACUUUCCACAGAGUACUACCAACAGCAACUCCAUUGGGGAACAAAUCAUCAGACUUAGCCCAAAGCACACCUUUGUUGCCCUCGGCUCCUUCGCUCAUUGAUGACACUACCUUACCAAACAGUCGGAAGAGAACUCAAGCAUAUUUUGACCAAAUCGACCCUCAUAUUCCCAGCAAAUCAAGUAGAAAUGCAAGUAACUUCCACUUGGAAGCUCCCAAACUCAGUGUCAAGAAGACCAGGAAGAAAUCCUCGCCGGUGUAUGAUGCUGACGAUAGCAAUAUCUCGUUACCGCCUCCAGAAAUCGAGUCUAAUCUCACUAUUCCCGUCAAGCCAUUCGUCCCAAACACCACUGAAUCAAGUAAUGGAAAGAGGAACGGCCGGAUAACCUCAGGUAUGUUGACCAUGCCUAUCCAUACUCAAUUAGAACAUGAUGACAUCUUGCAAUCUCCAAAUAAAGAAUAUUCCGGUUCUCCUAGCAGUUCAAUGAAUUCUUUUACUAGUCUUGACGAGCUUCCUGAGCAAUACACUGUCAACCCUAAGCAAAGUGGUGAUCAAUUAUCGGGAUCGUCCCUGGGCUCUAGCCCCGAGCCUCAGCAAACACAGAAACCUACUAAACCACAAAAGUCAAACCACAAGAGCAAUGUCUCUGCUCAAGAUGAUACACUCUCGAAGCAGGAGAUUCUCGAUAUUUUUAAGAAAGAAAUUGUUAAGCCACAAGCUGAAAUAAAAGGUGCCAUUCAUAAAAGUGCAACGAAAUACAAUAAGGUUCCUAAAAAAUUAAUUAAAAGCCUUGAAAUAGACAUGGUUGAAGGCAAUACUGCGUUAGCUUCGAUAUCGGGUCCUAGAAGCAGAACUUCGAAGAGGUCGCUUUCGAUUGGAUCUAAGGAUGCAACAAAAUUGGAUUCUGAAGACGAUGAAGAAGAUAGCGAAUCUGUUUCGGACGACGACGAAGACUAUGUCAUUGCACCUAAGACUGGUUCAGCUAAAGCCGCUACUGUUCUUGUUCCUAAAGGCGGUAGUAGGAAGUCGAAUAGAUCACUUUCAACUGGAUCCAAGGAUGCUUCAAAAGUGGAAACUGAAGAUGAGGUGGAAGAUAGCGAAUCCGAUUCGGCAAAUGAAGGCGGCAAAGAAGAUUCUGUCAGUUCAUCUAAGGUCGGUUCAAAGAAACCCACUGAAAAUCAAAUUACAUCAAAAACUAUUGCAGAUGGAAGUUCCAAAAGUCAAGCUCCUUCUAAAACUAUUGCAGAUGGAGAUUCUAAAGGUCAAACCCGUUCUAAAAAUAUUACAGAGAAAGCCACUCAAAUUCAAGAUUCUUCUAAGAUUGUUGGAGAUACAACCUCUCAACUUAGAGAUCUGCCCGCUUUAUUGAAAAACAAUAAAGUUGCUAAUACAUCACAAAUUCAGACAGACUCAUCUGCUUCAAAUAAGGUUAAACUGGCAAAGGCAGAUAAGCCAAAGGCUGUCCCAAAGGAGAAAGCGGCUCCGGAGAUAAAUAUAGACCCUGAAUUAAUCUCUCGUUCGUCAUCUCCAAUGAGUGGUGGGCAAUCUUCCAAUACUUCUGAGGCUGCAACUCCCUCAAAAUUGAGAAUGAUUCAUUUACUCAACAGACUUAGAUCUUAUGAGUCUCAGUUAAGUUCGUAUAAACAAGGAAAUAGUUUCACCCCAGAUCUCCUUAGAAGAACGGAAGAAAAAGAGGAAGGUUUAUUAGACCAUACUAUCAAACUAACCAGUGGAAAUCUGAAAGUCCUCAAGGAUGGUAAAAUCGUUCAGCUGGACAAAAGUACAUUGAAGUCCAAUCUUUCAAGUGUCCCAAACUCCCCUUCUAAGCUGUUUUCUUCAUCUAAAGGAUCCAAUAUCAUCAAUUCUCCAUCAAAGAGAUUUGCAUCGCCUUCUAUUGUACCUGGCAUUCAAACUUUUGAUGCGGACAAUUUGAAACUGCAAGCAAACAAGGAGCGAGUUGGCUUGGAAACCGGUGCUCUUGCAUCUGUCAACGCUUCCAAAGUCGAAAAAGUUCAAGUAGAAAAUGGUACUAGUGAGUACAAAAACAUAUCUUCAGCAGUGGCAGAAAAGCUCAAAAGAUUCCCUACCAAUGGAGCUGGAGAUAGUCCAUCACUCCCUAGGCUGCCCUUACCUCCCAGUAGUGUUCAAGUUCUGCCAAUGAUACAGUCUAGCACCUCAAAUAAACCUAACCAGGGAUCGAAGGAAUCGACUUUGGAGCUCCAAGCUGAGCCACUUCCUCCAGCACAAGCGUUGGCUGCUAGUGUCAACACUAAUAGCACUAAAAAUGGUAAAGUUUUACCUUCAACAAAUAAAGGAGCCGAAUCAGUGCAUUUACCACAAGGAUCGAUAUCUCCCUUUUCUGCUGAAGGUAGCCCUACUCCUGCUAAAGGACUCAGCCAUUUGGUUCCACUUAAAGCGCCUUCCCCUUCGAGAAAUUUGAACACCAAUAGCCCCAUCUUGCCUAAAGAAGUGAAGGCUGUAAGCAUUGAUGCCAAGGGCGUUCAGAGUCCUGGUUUUCAUAUCACAUCUAGUCAGGUACCAGCCUUGAAGGCAGCGACAUUACCUCCAACUACUGUUCCAUCCAACACAACAAGUCCAAGAACCUCAGAGAGCUCACAAUCUAGCAUUAAGAAGCUAAAUAAGGUUACCCCACCAGCAAAGGCGAAUGACUCACCAAAGAUACUUCCAAAAUCUACCCCAGUGACUUCUCAAAAAUUGAAAACCCCAAUAGUCCCACCGAAAUCACUGUCUCCAACUGCUCCACCAAAACCAAAACAGGUUUCUCCGGCUAACAGGUUGGAUGCCAAGAGAAAGUUUGAUGCUUCUUCGGAUGAAAGUGAAUCAGACUCCUCUGAUUCUUCUGAUUCUGAUGCAGAAGUGAGUGAAAGUAAAAGACCUCGUUUAGUUACAUCAGUUCCAGCGGCAAAAAAAUCACAAUCACCUUUGGCUGCCAGUACUUCAAAGCCAGCUAACAAAAAGGUAACACCAACUACACCUUCAAAUCUUGCGAAGUUGAAAACCCAAGCAACUACAGAGACCAAAGUUAAGCCAAGUUUACCAUCAAAACAGUCACCCUCUGUCGUCACACCACCAGUUUCAAAGAUUCCAGCGAAGCCAUUUUCAUCAAGCAAGAUCAAAAAGCCAAUUUUGACUUCGUUGGAAGACUUAGCAUUGAGAGGAGUUCCUGAAGUUAAGGAGUCUGUUGGGAAGAAUGUUCCAUCCACAUCUCAACAAUCGAAAAAAUUCAGCUUACCAGAUGGUUCAAGCUCGGACGAUGAAAGUGAGAGUGAAAGUGAUAGUGAAAGCGAUUCUAGCAGUGAUAGUGAUGACGACAAUGAAGAGUCUGAAAAGUUCAUUAGCAUUAAGAAAGUUACUAAUCAAACGCCCAAGAAGAAGGGCAAUUUAUUCAGUAGUCUUAAACGUUAGGACUAAGGAUCCAGUCACCUACUGCAUGAAUUACUAAAAAUG